AUGCCUUUGUCUUGUCUACCUUACGAAAUAAAUCGCUCAAUCGCUGAAAAAAUCAGCAGGCACGAUCAAGCCGUGUGCGCUUCUACCUCUCGAGCAUGGCAUGCACCUUUUUUCCAUACCUUGUGGAGCAACGUCGAGCUUCAGAACGACAGACAACUCAAGUAUUUUAUCGACGCAAAUAUGUCUCCAAGUAUACCUGGCUGUCUUGUACGGACUCUAUCACUUUUCGAAUGGCUCGACAUAUCAUCCACAGAUCUCAGAAGAUUACAGUACAGCUGCCAAGAACUAAAUUAUCUCUCCCUUCCAAACGUGUAUGAUUUUGCGCUUGACAUAGACACGAUUAAUGGGUGGAACCAGUGGAAUUCUCUGUUAGAGCUAGAGUUUUACAGAGACACUCUUGAAAUUGAAGCUCUCCAUAGUAUCUUAACAUGUAUGCCUGCACUAAGAUUAUUACAUCUGCCAGUUAAGACCGGAGAGUCUACCAUCUCCCUCAGUUUGAAAGAUAUAAACAGGAUUCAUUCGAAAUUGCCUGAUCUUGAAGACUUUUUCUUUGAAGGACAGCUCGCAGCCUUGUCUAAUGAAGAUACGAGCUACCUCACACCAUCACUAAAGAAAACUAGACUUACAUCCUUGAAAAUAAUUGCUAUUAUUCCCGAUACAAGGUGGUUGCUAUAUUGGAUAUACAAACAUCCAAAUCUACAUACUCUGCACAUGAAUGUUGAUAAAACCGAGGUUAUCGAGACCAUAGACUGGAGAGCCCCUGUGAAAAUAUUCUUGAACGAAGUUGGAUGUUGUCGAAAGCUUCAAAGCAUGAAAUUACAUGGGAGCCUUUUCAAAUUCUGGCAGUAUCAAACUUUCUUCGAAUCUCUUCGCAGAGCAGACAUUACCCUCAAACGUUUGGACUUUUCUAUUGAUAUCAGUCAUAUUCAGGAACCAAUACCAGCUGCAAUUGAAACCUUUACCUAUUCGUCUACGAAUACACUGACACAUUUAGGACUGGACAUAAGUGGAAAUGGGACAUGCGUACAGGAAAUCAUAACACUUCUUGGCGAUUACAAAAACCUGUCUGACUUGCGUAUCAGCGGCAAGAAGCUAUUUCUCCCUCUAAAUAUCAUACUAGAUACGUGUAUGUCAUUAAAGAAUAUUGAGCUAAAUGUCGCAGAAAUCACCUUGUGCCAGCAGCCAAACAUCCAGGAAAGCAAACUACGGUCAAUAACAAUAACAAAUUCCAGAGUUCAUGCUAAUGUAUUUAAUCACAUCUCUGUGCGGUGUCCGGAUCUGUCAGAAAUGCAUUUGCUAUAUGCAAGCGUCAUAGACCACGCUUCCUUGCUAACAAAAAGAAUGCACAUAUACAUGCCGUUCACAGCAUUUGACACAUUACGUAUACAUUACACAUACUUUAUGACGACUGGCCUUUCUGCUCUUAUACCAGAACACAAGAUGAAUAUUUUAUCACUUACUAGAAUGUACGAGUUCCCUACAGUUACGGAUAGAGUUGAUAAUAGCCGAAUGCGCAACACUCACACCGACUUUCCAGAUGAGAAAUGGUAUUAUAUAUCUGACUUAAAUGACACCUACCAUUUAGAUCGCUGCCAAAGACUUAACUUUCCAGAUAUAAGUUUUCUUAAAGAAUAUUACGCGAGCACAUCAGAUCGAGAAGUUCCUGACUUCUUGAGGCUUAGAACACCAUCACCAAGCCUUGAAAACAUAUCGAUAGUCCAAUUAAGCGAGAGUGCAAUACAAGGGUACAUAGAUCUUUGCUUAGGAUCCGUAAAACGUCUUUGUAUCAACAAUAAAAACCUUUGA